AUGAUGUCGUCAGAAGCAGAUGGAACAAAAUAUUUGGGCGUUAGCCAGCCCGUGUCUGUAGCUCAUCCCGACGAAAGGGAAAUGAAAAUGACAGAAGAAUUAAUUGAUUGUCUUCGAACUUAUAAUUUAUUUGAAACAGAUGAAGAGUUACAAGAACGUAUCGAAGUUUUACGAAAAGUAAACUCGAUGGUUAAGCAGUGGGUUAAAGAAAUUUCGGUGAAAAAGAUGCCUUCUGAAAAUUGUGAUAUUAUGGGAGGAAAAUUAUUUACAUUUGGGUCAUACCGUUUAGGGGUUCACAAUCGAGGUGCUGAUAUUGAUUCUUUAUGUGUUGCUCCGCGUCAUGUAGAUCGACAUGAUUUCUUCACAUCUUUUUAUGAACUGCUUCAAAACGAUCCCGCUGUUACGGAUCUUCAUGCUGUAGAAGACGCUUUUGUUCCUGUUUUGAAACUCAGAUAUUCUAAUAUUGAGUUGGACGUACUGUUCUCUCGCUUAGCCCUCAAAUCUAUUCCCGAUGAUCAAACGCUCUCAGAUGAUGCUUUGCUCAAGAACCUUGAUGAAAAAAGUGUUCGCUCUCUCAACGGUUGUCGUGUUGCUGAUGAAAUUUUGAAGCUUGUUCCAAACCAAGAGUCUUUCGCCUUAUUUCUUAGAGCCAUCAAAUUGUGGGCAAAAAAUCAUGGAGUUUACUCAAACGUGCUCGGAUUUCUCGGUGGAGUAUCUUGGGCUAUUCUUGUUGCGAGAACUUGUCAACUGUAUCCAAAUGCUUCUGCCGCUAAGCUAGUUUCUAAAUUUUUCUUUGUUUUUAGCACAUGGGAUUGGCCUCACCCUGUAAUCUUAAAAGAUAUGGAUAAUUCGUCACGACCUGAUCUUCCGGGGUUAAAAGACCUUGUUUGGGAUCCCAGAGUUAAAGCAUCUGAUAGAUAUCAUUUAAUGCCUAUUAUAACCCCCGCCUUCCCAGAACAAAAUUCCACUUUUAACGUGACGCAGUCAACUCGAACAAUACUUACAAACGAAUUAAGAGAAGGUUUGGAGAUCACAUUAGAAAUUGCGGAUAACAAAUCGACAUGGCAGAAGCUAUUUGAAGAAGUAAAUUUCUUCACUCGUUAUAAGCAUUUCAUAUCUCUUCUAUGUGCUGCUAAAACCGAGGAAGAUCACUUAGUUUUCAAUGGUUUUGUAGAAUCCAAGAUUCGUCAUCUAAUCGGAUAUUUGGAGAGAAAGGGAGAGAUAACGCUAGCACACAUCAAUCCCAGACAAUAUAAGCCAAAAGCUUCUGCACAGUUUCAACUUCCUUAUGAAAACCCUGUAUGCACGUUAUGGUUUAUCGGCUUAGAUAUUGAUAAGCAGAUGGUCAAGAACGUUGAUUUAACACCAGAAAUUCAAGCUUUUCAUAUGCAUGUCGAGCAAAUGAAAAAUAAUAUUACCAAUCGGUCUCGUUAUAAUGCAGAUAUGAGGAUUGAAUUGAAAUAUGUUCAUCAGAAAGAUAUUAAGCACUAUGUCACCAAAGAAGAUAUGUUGCGUGGACGUCCCUACAAAGCUAGAAAAGCAACACUUCAGAGGAAUCUUUCCGAAGCCGGUGUUAAAAAUGUUUUGAAUUCAUCUGAUUCGAAUUCCAAUUUGGAGAGCAUUGUAUCAGCUGCAGAGAGAGAAAACACUAAAGUAGCUGUUGACGAUGAAUCGUGCAAAACUGAUGAGAUGCCUGUAACUGAUGCCGAGAAUGAAAAAGUGUCCAAUGAACAGAUUAAUCCCGACAAUUCCAAAGCUUCCUCAGAAGAGAAUAUUAUAGCGCGAACGGAUGGAAACCAGUCAGACACCAGGACAGAUAUACCGGACGAGAAUUCGCGUAAGCGUGCUCUCGAAGAAGAAUCUAACAUCCAAGCCACUAUUGUGCCAACAAAAAAACUUUUCACCCAACAGAUUCCAAUUGGAAUCGGAGAUGGCAAUCGUUCUUAG